UCCCUUCCUGAAAAGUGGCUGCACGUUCAUGCUGUUUUAGGGUGCGGAACAUUGGCAUCAAUGCGCAAUCUGUAAGUGAAUAUAGUGAAAUUAUCGGCCAAUUUGUUUUUAAUCGUCGCUGCCCACCCCAGGGGAGCGUGCCUGUCACUUGAAGGUGGGUCUUAUUAAUAUUAAACAGUGACGCGCCAAUGUACCGACUUCGCGCCUCUACUCUUGGAGGCGUCACGUCACGUGAGUGGCCCGUGUUCGUUCCAGCUGAGCGAAAAGAUCGGCCAGUUUGAGCUCAAAGAAGCCUGCUGUACACAGAGAACUGAACAGAAGGGGGUGACCACAAGGGGAAAACGAUUGAGCGGCUAAUGGGAAAAAAAUAAAAACGACAACAUCCAGCCAAUCGCACUACGCAGCAGAAAUUGACUCAGCAACACUUUCCUCGAUUUGUUUUCAUUUGUUAUUUUUGAGACGACGCAAGUUUCUUUGCUCCUUUAAUACUUGAGUUCAACCCAUUAAAGUUAUCGUUUGCAUGAUUGGAUUUUUUGCAUGCACCACCGUCUUCUGGCGGAGCUGUUGGAUCCGGUUAAGUUGUUGCUUUUAUUUCACGGUGGACUUGGACAUAACGUCGCUGCAUCAGUUUGAUUUUUAAAAGUUCAAAACAGAAGAUAAGCUUUCAGCACUUUCUGGAAAUACUAGGGAAUGUUUAUUUUUGUCCACACGACGAGUCUAAAAUCAAAUGUAUUCAGAAGUACUCUCUUUAUUCAAAUAAAGUAUUGAGCCACCAAAGCAUCUAGCGGUCAAGGGAGUUCAGUCCGGCGAACGUUGGAUGAUGGCCAGGCCCCUUUCACAGCUCCUGCCCCCGGACCUCCCCUCUGCCGGAGCGAGCCCGCAGUUUGGCAACAGUAGUCAGGCAGGAGGCUCGCAUGGCGGUGGACACUUAAACUCCGCAGCAAACUUAAAGUCGCUACUGCAGCUCUCCGUGAAGGAGCGCGUCAAAGACUCUUCUGAAAUAAAGGGGAAGGACAGUUUGGAUAUUGAAGAAGACUCUCUUGGUCGCUGUCCUCUGCGCAGUGGCUGCAACAAUGGACUAGUUGGUGACAGCAAUGGAGCAGGCACAGGCAGUUUCUCUAACAGCAAUAACAAUUCCUUCCUGGGCCCGUUGCUAUGGGAACGAACAUUGCCAUGUGAUGGCGGGCUGUUCCAGUUGCAAUACAUGGAUCUUGAAGAGUUUCUGACAGAGAACGGAAUGAGCAGCAUGCACAAUACCUCCAACUCCACCUCCGCUCAGAUACCUUCUCAGAGCCCUCAGUCUGCCAUCCCAAACCAGGGCUCCCAGUGCCUCCCCACCUCCCCCCAACACUGCUCCUCUUCCUCCUCAUCAACAUCAACCACUGCCUCUUCCUCACCCUCUCUGCUUGGGCUGGACAUGCACACGCCACAAAGAAUUCUUGGAGCUGCAGACUGCCUGCACAGCUCUCCGCCAGGCAGCUUGGAGCCAAUGCCCUCACCUUCCUCCACUACCUGUCCACCACUUUCUACUCCGCCCAUCACCAAUUGUAGUGACUUGCCCUUUGACACUGAUCCUGCAGACGUUGCACUGUCAAGUGUGCCUGGACAGGAGGCGUUUGACCCCCGCAGGCACUGUUUCAGUGAGGACGAGCUCAAACCUCAGCCCAUGAUUAAAAAGGCUCGCAAGAUGCUUGUCCCUGAGGACCUGAAGGAUGAGAAGUACUGGAGUCGACGUUGUAAAAACAACGAGGCCGCAAAGCGUUCUCGUGAUGCUCGUCGACUAAAGGAGAACCAGAUCUCAGUACGCGCUUCCUUCCUGGAGCGUGAGAACGCUGCUCUGAGACAGGAAGUAGCCGACAUGCGCAAAGAGCUUGGCCGGUGCCGUAACAUCCUGAACAAAUAUGAGAGUCACCAAAUGGAUCAGUAAGAAAGAAGGGAGGAGGGAAGAUAUCGGGAAAUGAGAUGAUGGAUGAAGAAAACAAUGAAUGUUACUAUGAUAGUCAUGCUAAAAGACAGAGGAAACAGACAAGUGCAUCAAAUAUAUGGAAUAAUGUAUGAAGAUGGCACAAGAGCUCAAGAUUUAAACUGGAGGAAGAGAGCAUGUCAUUUAUUUGUUUUUGUUUCCCAGUAAGGUACAAUGGCAAGAUUUUAAUUAUGGAGAGAAUUGUAUAUUUUUAUAUGGCAGAAAUAUGCUUAAUGGGGAAAGGACAUUUUUGAAAUUGACUUUUGUAUAUUUUCUAUAUCUUUGUGAGGAUUGUUAAGUAGAGACUGAGUGAUUGAGAGGUCUGGUAUAGGUUUUACUGUUAUAUAAAAUAAUUUUAAUGUGCUAUUUUUGAAGCAAUCAACACUUGGGUGAAGAAUUUGGACGAAAGCAAAAAUGAAGGUCAGAAUUUAUAAGACUAGCCAUUCACAGAACUUUUAAAAGUAGAGGAUUGAGAAAAAUAAAUUUCUAAAGAGCUUAAACUGUAAAAUAAUGAGACAAUUUUACAUUUGUAUGGAAAUGUUGUUAAUAUAGAUUUGUUAAAGCACAUACAUUGUAAUGACCCCAUGUAUAAUGAUUUGGCAGAGCUGACAAAGUACAAUCAUAGAUAAGGGGAAAUAGAGAAGGACAGGUGCAUCUCAAUUUUUUGGAGAAAACAAUUCUUAUCAGUCUACUGCUGAUACAUCUUUGUCAUUCUCAAAAGAAAACUGAACAUGCAUUGAAAGAGAGCAUCAUCUGAAAGUCAUGCAUUAAUUAUCUCACAUUUAAUAGCAUUUUUUCCUUUAAUGUUGAACUGAAUAAGAUUAUUUCUCCUAAACGUGAUAUAGCUUGUCUACAAUAUACUCAUCUGUUUUUAUAUAAGUCUGACUCACAGUUACAAACAAAAAGCUGUGAGCAUUUUAGUGGCAGCAUACAACCACAACACACAGCGAAGGAUCUUAUGUGAACUUGCAGAGGCUGUUCUUGCUGUGCAAAAACACAUCUUUGACCUCUAUGGAUUGAAAAUAUGGGACAUGGCUCUCUGAUUGUAUAGAAUGAUUCCUUGUAUUGGAUGCACAGGAAAUUGCAUUUCGAAACAGGUCGAUAUGUAGAUGUUUUGGAAUGUCUGCUUUUGCACCUGUAUAUGCAAACACAAUCAAGCCAAUGAGCAGUCACACUUGAACUGGAACAAUGUUGAAUUCUUACAAACUGAUGUCCAGGAUCAGUCAAAAUGUUUGAAAUUCUGUGGUAAAAAUCCACUUGUUUUGGUUUGUGGCUCCUCUUUAUUUCUCCAGUCUUGUCUGUUUCUUUCCUUAAUGACAGUUAAAGUAAUUUCACUUUUUAUGAAUUGUUAUUGUUCUGAUCAUUAUUACUAUUGCUGUUAAUACUACGAUUGAAUUAUUUUUGUUGUUGUUUUAUUUUCCUUGAUAUUGUCUACUUUCUUAUGCUCCUCUACAGAGAAUACCCAUGUAUCUUCUCAAAUGUGGAGAUUUUGUCACUUCCUGUUGGUUCUAGCAUUCUCCGUCAACAACAGUUGUAAAAGAAUUGUCGCCAUGACAGCCAGGUCAAUUUGUGCAUCUGAGGAACACUUGAAAUAACUGUUGCCCUUGGCGAUCAUAAACUCUGCUUUCCCCACAGAAUUUUUCUCUUUAUUUCUGCACACAUAGCAUUAUAUUGACCCGUCAUACCUUUUGCUGUCUUGUUUUUCUCCUUUUUGUGCAUGUAGGUGUUUGAGCAAACUGACUCCAUUUUUCCUCAGUAAUUUGCUGCCUGUUUUCUCAUCAGUGGCAAUAUACUUUCGCAGAUGGACCUUGGGUAAUGUUGUCCUUUUCUGCACUUUCACAUGUGGAUGACUAUGAACAUCUUGUGUUGUGACUCAUGUUUUUUGAUGUACAAAUGCCCUAAUGCAUCAGUGUUACCCACACUGCACCUAGCCAAAGUAAUGCAGGGGAAUGUAGUCUUUUCUCCAAGACCACAAAUAAACAAUUGUUCUUACUCACUAAACACUAAGAUUCAUUGAUUUGUUUGUCAUUCAUGUGUCUUUUCCUUUGUGUAGUAUUUACCACUCUCUUACAAUACAAUAAUUAAUAAAUAAAAUGUGUUUGAGGGUGUCAA